CCUCCGCCCUCGCCCCCCGUCUAUUUAAGACCGCACCAAUCGUGCGCGUCCGCGCAGCCACCGAAUAUUCGGCGAUCUUACUUCCCCCAGUCUCUCUCCUCCUUUUUGCUCACCCCCGACGAUCGCUUGCCGUCCGAUCGUCCCGGUCGCGGCCAAUUGCGCCACGCUUCUCCUCUCGCCUUCCCUUCCCCCCUCUUUUCCGUUCUUCCCCAAUCCGACCUAGGGUUUCAUGAUCCCAUCCAUCUGCUCCAUCUCCAAAACCCUAGACCUCGCUCCACCCUAGAAUCUCGUCCACCCGAGGUCAGCGAGGAUCUUCGGCGAGUGUGGCUGCCUGAAUUCGGCUGAGUUUCGGAGAGUUUUGCCGGUGGGUCACGGUUCCUCCGGUGGGAUUAUCCGUCGGGUCGAGAAGUUUUUGGCGGUGUUUGCGGGUGAAUUUAGAGGAAUGUCGUCCUUUUUGUAGCUUGACUUUUGGUUUCUUGUUAGUUGUUGAGAAUGGUUGCAGCGUCGUCGGGGAGUAUUACUGGUCGAUGGGCUUAAUACUCGGAAUUCUUGCUGUCGCUGCUUGUUGCUGUCCUCUUUGAAGUGUGUUCGAUCUCAAUGCUGGUCGUGCGUGUGCAUUCUUGAUCAUGGUCACUUGUUGGUUUGGAACUCGGUUAUCUGUUAUGCGGUUCGAAGAAUACUGGGGGUGUUUAAUGCGUUGCCCGGUAAAGAACCAGUGACUAAUAGCGCUAAUGGCAUCCAGUGCUCGUUUUGAUCCUGUUUCUGGGAGCCCAGAAGGAUUAGCUCUUCCUGCCAGCUAUUCCAAUGGGCAGCGUGGAACAUUUUCGGCUGGUUCGUUGGACCGGUCAGGCAGCUUCCGCGAGGGCAGUGACGGUCGCACGGCAAACACUGGUUCCACAUUAUUUAGAGGCGAUGUCUCCUUGUACGUGGACAUGCCACCAAUGACCCAAUGUUUGAACCUUGAUCCAAUUUCAUUUGCUGAACAGAAGCUUACUCGAUUAGAGGAGUUGAAGAAAGUCCUGGGUGCUUCUAGCAUCGCAAAUGAAGACGGUGCGGUGGGUGCUGUUCUUCAUGCGAAGCCUCUUCCUCAAAUGGUGUUGGGGGAACUGAAGCGUUUUAGAUUGAGCAUUAUGGAAAAUUCUGCGCGAGCAAAGGAGAGAACAAAAUUAUUGAACGAGUCCAUAACAAAGCUGGAUAAAUAUCGUCACGCUCUUUUGUCUCGGAAGCGACCACGGAAUGACGGACUGCCAAAUGAAAGGUCCAAUAGUUUGCUCCCUGGAGAUCGUUCUGCUCAAGGAACCAGCUUUAAAAUGGGGCCACAGAAUCAUCAACUGUUAGGCAGUGAUCUUAUGUCUCCACGGUCUGAUGAUAGGACUAAAAAUAUUAUUCCUAAUAGGCGUAUACGCACAUCAUUGGUGGAAGUACGGGCUGAGGGGCGUAACAGUUCAUUAUCUCGGCCAUCUGGUUUUGUUGAAAAAGAUCGUGAACUUUUGAGGACGACAAAUGGAAUGUCAGCUCAGGCUGAAGAAAAAGCUCGAGGUCUUGCUCCUGGUGGUGAUGGCUGGGAAAAGAAGAUGAAAAGAAAACGUUCUAUAGGAUUGGCUGUUAGUAGGCCUUUAGAUGGUGAUCAAGAUCAUAAGCGUAGCAUGCAGCAGAGGCUUAGCAAUGAAAAUCGCUCUCGGCUCAAUGAUGUCCAUGGUUUCAGAUCAGGAUCUGCCAAUGCAAUUGUUGGAGUUAAUAAGUUGGAUAUUGCUACCCAACCAAGUGGAUUAAAUGUUCGCGCUAUACCAAGGACAGAUCCAGAUAAUAUUUCUGCAGACAGAAAAGAUCGAAUUAUUGGAUCAGAUAAAGAGAAGACAAUUGUAAAGGCCAUCUCCGAGCAAAAUGCCCGUGAUGGCAAUCAGCUGGGAAGUCCUAUCUCUGUUGCAAAGCUAAAGGCCUCCAGGGCCCCGCGUACUGGAUCUGGGGCACUAUUAAAUUCAUCCACUAACUUUCCACGUACUGGUGGAGCACUUGAAGGAUGGGAGCAGUCUCCAACCUUGAACAAGGCACAGGGAAUAAGUACACUUAACAACCGCAAACGUCCUUUAUCUGCUCGCUCCUCUUCACCUGUAACUCAGUGGGGUGGUCAACGACCACAGAAGAUAUCACGUGUUGCUAGAAGAACAAAUUUGGUCCCCCCGGUUCCAAACAGAGAUGAAGCUCAGUUACCGACUGAUGGCUUUCCCAAUUCUGAUACAGGGGCUAGAUUGAUUUCUGUAGAUGCUAAUGGAUCUGGACAUCCAAAACGUGCCUCUAACAUUUCACAGCAUUUUAAACUGAAAGUUGAAAAUAUUCCAUCCCCAGCUGGAUUCUCAGAGAGUGAGGACUCAGGAGCUGUUGACAAAUCUAAAGAUAAAGCAAGGAUAAGUGGUGAAGCAGAAGAUAGGGCUGUCAGUUCUAUCCAGAAGGCCACUAGUCUUGCUCUGACAUCAAAGAAGAACAAGGUUGUUACAAAAGAAGAGCUUGGAGAUGGUGUUCGGAGACAAGGAAGGAGUGGAAGAGGUUUGGCUUCAUCACGAAACUGCUUGCCUCUUUCUAGGGAGAAAAUGGAUAAUGCCUCUAACCCAAAGCAUAGAAGCACAAGACCUGUUCCUGACAAGAUUGAAAGUAAGUCAGGACGCCCUCCUACUAAAAAGUUUUCAGAUCGCAAGGCAUCUGCUCGUCCUGGGAAUGUAGCAAACAUCUCACCAGACUUUAAUGGCAAAGCAGAUGAUGAUCGUGAAGAACUUAUAGCAGCUGCUACUUUUGCUCAAAAAGCCAGCUAUAAUGCUUGUUCAAGCCCAUUUUGGCAACAAAUUGAGCCUAUUUUUGCCUUUGUAACACCAGAUGCCAUUGCCAGCUUGCGGGAGCAGAGGAGAUUAGCCGAGGAGUUGGAGAAUAGUUUGUGCUUCAGGACUGGCACAGACCAGAACGGCAAGGAUCAGUCUGUUCUUGAUUCAUUCACAACAUUUCCUGACAUUGUGUGUGAAGAGAAACAGCCAGUUCAGUCAAAUGAAGCAAUACUGAAUGGAUUGGGCAGGAAAGUGAGUUCUAUUGAUGAAUCACAAGAUGUAGAUGAUGGGACAAUAGAAACUAACAGCUGGUUUGAGAAGAUCAUUCCUCUUUCACAGAGGCUUCUUGCAGCUCUGAUUGUUGAAGAUGAUAUUAGUGAAGCUAACCAAAUUGAGGGAGUCGACAAAGAUAAUCAUCAUUAUGCAAGUGAUUUUUCUCCUUGUGGUGCUUCUGAUCAUAUCCAUAAUGAAUCCAGAGGCAUGGACAGAAUCAAAUUUGAAAUUGAGUCUGAAGGGGAGCUAAAGAAUCAUAGGUAUCAUUCCCAUGACAACUUCUCAUGUGAUGGAAGCGCUAUAUCAAAUGGUUUUAGAAGCCCAAAAACACAUAAUUUAGCAUAUAAAAAUCAAGAAGAAGUGGUGCAGCAAGAUUGUUUCACUCCACAUUCUGAUGUUGGUGAGCAGCAUAGAGCUAAUGGAUUGCAGCCUACUCAAACAGAUGUUUCUGGUAUCACUUUGGUUGAUUGCUGUUAUCAGCAGAUGUCACUGGAUGACAGGAUAUUGUUGGAGCUUCAAAGUAUUGGAUUGUUCCCAGAAACAGUGCCUGGUCUGUCACAAGGGGAAGAUGAUGAGAUCACUAAAGAUCUCUCUAAACUUCAAAAAGACUUGUUUCAUCAGGUGAAGAAAAAGAAAAGCCAGCUGUACAAAUUGGAGAAGGCUGUUCUUAGAGCAAGGGGGCUUGAAAAAAGGGAUCUUGAACGUCUGGCAUUGAACAAGCUUGUGGAUGUAGCAUACAAAAAGCAUAUGGCUUGUCGAGGUGGUAAUGCAUCACAUAAAAGUGGAGGCAGUAAGAUAUCUAAACAAGUUGCUGUAUCUUUUGUUAAGCGGACACUUGCCAGAUGCAAGAAAUAUGAUGAGACGGGUACAAGCUGCUUUAGUGAACAUCUCUUCGAGGAUGGAUUUCUGGCUGCACCAGCAUGCAGCUCUGACACAAAAUGCAUGGAUAGUACUAAGGAUGGCCUUACUCUCAAGCCAUGCCUUGAGUCUCCAGCAAGUCAACAUGAGUCUAAGGCCACAGGUGUCUUGGCUUCUAGUCGUGCUAUAUCAAUCGAGAAUUGUGGGCCCCAUAGUCUCAACAAAGAUUUAUCUGGUGCAUCUGAACAUGCUGGUCAUUCGUCAGACCAAAGUUUUGGUAAAGAUGAGCCAUGGCCAAACCGAGGAAAGAAAAGGGAAUUAUCACUCGAUGCUGUUGUAAGCAAUGUAGCAAGGGGUACGGCAAACCUCAGCAGUAGUCUCAUGGGUGGAGCAAAAGGAAAGAGGAGUGAAAGAGAUCGGGAUCACAACAGAGAGGGAAUGAUAAGGAACUCUGUAACAAAAACUGGUAGACCAACAAUAGGCAGUGUCAGGGGUGAGCGCAAAACUAAGACAAAACCUAGACAGAAAACAGCACAAUUAUCAAAUGCUGUGAACGGUCUUCUCUGUAGUAGGCCUUCUGAAGUGCCAAGUCCCAUGUUCAAUUCCAUAAAGGAAUCCAGUGAACCAUCUGUAAGUCAGAGCACCAAGGUCCAAGAAGUCCUACCCAACCCUUCUGUUGUUGUUGCUCAAGAUCCUCUUGAUCCUGAAGGAGCUAUUGACCUUACACAUUUGCCUUUGCCUGCAAUAGAAGAAUUGGGUGUUACUGAUGAUCUUGUUGAUCAAAGCCAAGACUUGGGUAAUUGGCUAAGCUGUCCAGAUGAUGUCAUGCAAGACCAUGACAAUGAUUUCGAAGGCCUCGAAGUUCCUAUGGAUGAUCUGUCAGAAGUUGUCUGAUUCUCUGCUGUACAUCCUCUCGCAUGGUAUUAGGUUCCAGAAAAUGUAUCUGAAAUUUUAACCAUCUAGCGAAGUUAUCCACCUCACAUGCACUAGAGCUUGUAUAGUCAAGAGGCCAUUCUUUUAAGAUACUUGUAAAGCAAGUAUGGUAUUUUCCAUCGUGAUAAUUUUUUGUUUUCCCUUUUUAACCCCAUUCAAGUCCUAUCUCGUUUGAAAAUAUUUGCUUCCAGGUAUUGGUUUCUGCCAACGUUGAUUAUAUCUUAUUACCUAACUGCCGAGUCUUGUAGCCUUUCACUUGUCAGCCUAGUGCCAUGCUACUUGUACAUUAAUUUCUCUUAAUAAUACUGAUAUUUUUUUUCUUUAGAAUUUGUAUUGUUGUAAGUCUCAUGUAUGAAGCAGUUCUUUGUGCCAAUUAAGAACUCUUUCUCUCUCUCUCUCUCUCUCUCUCUCUCUCUCUAUAUAUAUAUAUAUAUAUAUAUAUAUAUAUAUAUAUAUAUAUAUAUAUAAAUGCAUAUGUAUAUAUAUAAAUGUGUUUAGACACACACACACACAGAGGAGAGACAUAGAUGAUGCUUGAUUGAAGAUGAUGUGCUUUUCACUUGAGGUGUCGAUGCUAUGAUUCUUUUUGAGCACGGUUGUAGACUUUGGAAGAAUUCAUUUUUCGAUCUAAAGAGGUAAAUGUGCUGACAGCGUGUAAUUUUGCUUUAUCUUUUGAAAUUUUUAUAUUGAUUUUUCGAAUUGGAAAACAUAUUACCAUUGUGCUUUUGCCACCUAAAAAUUCCUACUUGUUCUUUUAUUUUAUAUUUGUAGGCCAAUUUGUUGGACGGUUUGGUUCUCUGGAAUAUGGAUCUGGUAGAUGCUAAUCCAUCUGGAGUGAAGAAAAGGGUUGUAAUGCCCAUUUUGCUUAGGCUGCAUUCCUGGUUGGGCGAAUGAAUAGUGACAAACGCAAGCGCUUCCAUCAUCAGUAUAUGCCCAGGAAGCAAGCAUUAUGCUACUACAGAUGCUUCAGUUUUAUCCUUUUCUGACACGAUUUCUAUCGUCAUCGGGACACCAAGGUGCUGGAUCUGGCCGCCUUCCGACUCUUUUGUUCUUGAGCAACAUAACCUUGCUGGGUAUCAAAAGAUCUAUAGUUCCACACUAGUUUAAUGAUUGAUAAUCUGUAAAGAUCUACUUGAGUUGGGUUUCUGGGGUUAUGUUUGAUGUAUCAGGUUCUAUUCUCCGUUAAUUUUGUUUUAGGUUAUUCUCUAUUCCUAUUUCAUUCUCCCCUGCACUUCACAUUAACUUUUUCUCGAUUGGCAAAAUUUUAGAAGAGCAACCAGCUUGUGGGUUGA